UCGCCCAACAUCUGGUGUGCCGGUAUGUUGUCCCCGCACCUGGUAUGUGCUAUUUAUAAUAUUGACUGGCGCGGUGCUGCAGGAGCUGGAACCGCCGCCGAGUAAAUACCGCUUCCCGUCGACAAUGCGCGGACAUGUCCAGCUAAUCAUUGCGUUUGUGUGUAGCACCGAAUUCACGACCUCCCUCAUCUCCUCCAACCUCGAGCUACACUCGCUCAGCACUGGCCGCAAACCGCGUGUCGUCACCUGCAUGACCUUGCUGAAACAGCACCUGUUCAAGUACCAGGGCCACAUCGGAGCGUACCUCGUCGUUGCCGGAGUCGACCCCACCGGUGUGCACCUCUUCACCGUCCACGCACACGGAUCGACCGAUAAGCUGCCGUACGUGACGAUGGGUUCGGGAUCGCUGGCGGCUAUGGCGGUGUUUGAGACUAUGUGGAAGAAGAACAUGACACGUGAGGAGGCUGUGGAGCUGUGCAGCCAGGCGAUUCUGGCGGGUAUCUUCAACGAUCUGGGAUCAGGAAGUAACGUCGAUGUGUGCGUCAUCACGGAAGAGAAGGCGACACUGAUGAGAAACCUUAUCAAACCAAACGAGCGUGUGCCCAAGGAGCAGAGCUACAAGUUCGCCCGCGGCACGACGGCGUUUCUCAAGGAGGCCAGCGUCGAGAAGAAGGAUCUCAAGAAGUACGUUACAAUUGUGGAUCUGGGUGCGGCUGUGCCUUCUGGUACAGUGAGCGGGGAUGCGAUGGAGGUGGACGCAUAAGUUGGCUUGUUCUAGUUUUCUACCUUCAGUAAUGAAUAAACUGCGAACUUAUGGAUGAUCCGUGG